CAAGAAAUUUAGAGUAAAUUUGAAUUGAACUUGUAAUCAUAAAUAGUUCUGGAAUUCUUAUCAAAACGGUCCUUUAGACCCUCAGAUCUAACAUGGCCUUCAAGGUCAAGGGACAAAAACAGGCAAAACCCAUCUGGGCGAGGAAAAUUGGGGUUGACUGGAAAGUCCAGCUGAUGUCAUUGCCAGGGGAGGGUUUGAGAGAGGGAGCCAGGAUCUGGUCAAAAGGGAAAGGCCUCUUGGUGAAUUGUAAAAAGAAGUUGAGCUUUUGACUCCGUGUGUUUUGUAGUAGUUUUCUUCAGAGGUGUUUCCCCAAUAAUAGGCAAUAAUAGUGAAGGUGUUGAUUUUCUUGCUCUUCCUGCAAUUUUGAAGUGGAAAUUUGUGGUUUUUGAUUGGGGCUUUCUUUAUGUUGCUUUGACUCGUGUUGGGCUGGACUCGAAAAGCUUUGUGGUUCUUUUGAGACUCUAUCAGGUUUUGAUGUGGUUUUCACCUUCUAUGACAAAAGGUUAAUCUGAACGCUUGACAUCUUCUAUGACAAAACCAGACUUAAAGUUUAAGAAAGGUCCUGGGUGCUCUUCUGUGGGUUAUGGAGCAACACAAGAGAUUGGUCCAUUUAUAGUGGACAGUGAUGGACUUGGACUUAAAUACAAUCCUUAUUCAUGGAAUAGAGAGGCCAACAUGUUAUUCUUGGAAUCACCAGUUGGAGUUGGCUUUUCCUAUUCAAAUACAACUAGUGAUUAUAAUAAACUGGGAGAUGAUUUUACAGCAAAUGAUGCUUAUACUUUCCUACACAUGUGGUUUCUCAAAUUUCCAUCAUAUAAAGCGCGGACGUUUUACAUCGCAGGGGAGAGCUAUGCAGGAAAAUAUGUCCCAGAACUAGCUGAGUUUAUUUAUGACAAGAAUAAAGACCCUUCUUUCUAUAUCAAUCUUAAGGGUAUUUUGUUGGGCAAUCCUGAAACUUCCGAUGCUGAGGACUGGAGAGGUUUGGUAGAUUAUGCAUGGAGCCAUGCUAUAAUAUCCGAUGAACUCCACAAUAUAAUCAGUGAAAGUUGCAAUUUCGAGAGCAACGAUACAUGGAGCAACGAUGACUGCAAUCAAGGUGUGGAAGAAUUACUUGGGCAGUACAAGGAGAUAGAUAUUUACAGCCUUUACACCUCGGUAUGCAUUGGCAAUUCAGCAACCACGGAUGAGAAAUCCACGCAAAUCACGUUUACAUACAACUCUAAAAUGAUGCCAAGGAUUAUGGGUGGUUAUGAUCCAUGUCUGGAUGAUUAUGCAAAAGCGUUCUACAAUAGACCAGAUGUUCAAACUGCACUCCAUGUUAGCGAUGGUCAACAGCUAAGGAAGUGGACCAUUUGCAAUGAGAAGAUGUAUCAUGACUGGGUAGACUCAAAAUCAUCUGUUAUUCCGAUAUACAAGAAGCUUAUUGCAGCUGGACUCAGAAUAUGGAUCUAUAGUGGAGACACGGACGGAAGAGUUCCUGUAUUGUCGACAAGAUACAGCUUAGGCUCCCUGGGGCUACGCAUCACUAAGGCGUGGCGCCCGUGGUACCACCAGAAGCAGGUGAGUGGUUGGUUUCAAGAAUACGAGGGGCUGACCUUUGCAACGUUUAGAGGAGCGGGGCAUGCAGUGCCUAUCUUCAAACCAAGCAACUCACUCACGUUGUUCGCAUCAUUUCUUCUGGGGGAAACUCUACCUUCUGCACGAUGAGUUAGCAGCAGCAGUGCCACAAUGGCUCCAACUGUGCCUAGUUCUCCAAAAUUUUGGGUUUAAUAUAAUAAGCUAGCUAGCUAGUGUUGUGAAAGUGUGGUGAGAGCAACAAAUGGUGAUGAAAACAAAUGAAUAUGUGAUGAUGUUCAGAUCUUGGCUAGUUAGAGGAUUAUUCACACAUGGAUCCACUAACAAUUAUAUAGGAAUAAAUUCAGAUGAAAUAUGGUGAGAAUUUAUAUAUAAUAUCCUCUUGUUCCUU